CAGGCCUCUUCUGGUUGUGGGCCUUUUUUAUUUCUGUGUUCUGUGUUAAAAAAGUAUGUGUCCAACACACUUAAGUCAUACGGCGGCCUGUAGCUUAGUGGUUAAGGUAAAUGACUGGGACACGCAAGGUCAGUGGUUCUAAUCCCGAUGUAGCCACAAUAAGAUCCGCACAGCCUUUGCGCGCUUGAACAAGGCCCUUCACCCUGCAUUGCUACAGGGGAGGAUUGUCUCCUGCUUAGUCUAAUCAACUGUACGUCGCUCUGGAUAGGAGCGUCUGCCAAAUGCCACUGAUGUAAUGUAAUACGCUCUAUGAUCCGAUAGAAGGAGGGGUGGGGAGAGAUGAUUGGCUACCGGUGCGAAAGAUUAGCCUUGGUGGCUAACCGUUAAUCAAGUGGCUGGCCAGUGUUCAGUAAUAUUAAUUACCGACCAACUAUCAGCCGGUUGGUUGUGAUAGCUGUCCACAGGCACAGAUGACACACAGAUUUUUUUAUGUUUUUCCAUCCAGGGUAUCCACAGUAUCAAACCAGUCCUCAAAUCACAAUGACCUGUAAUUCUAUGCAUCUCAAAAGCUCCAUAAUUAUGGGACAGCAGUAGUGAAUAGAUUAACAGUUCAGCGGCGACCUGCUUGGGGACCAUUCAGGAAAGGAUGUCUGUCCCCUCCGCCCACUUCACUCCACAACACUGUUUAGCCUCUCCGAUAAAGGCUAUGGCCACCUGCCAGGGGAGUUGGCACACAUUUCCUGCUUCACCGGGGCUGAGAGAGGAUAAAGGUGGUGGUGAUGCAGGGCGAUGUCACAGAAUACCCAUCAGUGUUGAAGGCAGGCCAUGGGGCAGACUUGGUCAUCCAUAUGGCCAGCCUGGUGGAUGUCUGGCACAGAGUCCCCGAAGAGGUCAUCCAUAAGGUCAAUGUCCAAGGAACAGCCAAUGUGAUUAAUGCUUGUGUGGAAAAUGGAAUACAGUAUCUGGUGUACACCAGCAGUAUGGAAGUCAUAGGGCCGAACAUCAGAGGAGAUCCCUUCAUCAGAGGUGAUGAGGACACCCUGUAUAAUGUGAGCCAUGAGAUGCCAUACCCCAAGAGCAAGGCAGAGGCAGAGAAACUGGUGCUGGAGGCUAAUGGCAGGAAGGUGAUUGGGGGGGCGUGUCUGUACACCUGCUCACUACGUCCCACUGGUAUUUAUGGGGAGCACCACCAGCUGAUGCGGGACUUCUACGAGACAGGGGUGCGCACGAGGGGCUGGAUGGUCCGGGGCGUCUCCCAGGACAAGGAGCAUGGCCGCGUCUAUGCAGGUAAUGUGGCCUGGAUGCAUCUGCUAGCAGCUCGGGCCCUGAGAGAGCACCCCCACAGGCUGGGAGGGGAAGCGUACUUCUGCUACGACGACUCGCCCUACAAGAGCUACCAGGACUUCAACAUGCAGUUCUUGUCACAGUUCCACUUCCGGGAGGUGCGUGUGCCAGCCUGGCUGCUGUGGGGGGUGGCCUCCCUGAACGACCUGCUGCGCUGGCUGCUGAGGCCGGUGUGUAACUACACGCCUCUGCUCAACCGCUACACACUGGCUGUGGCCUCCACGUCCUUCACCGUGAGCUCCGACAAGGCCCAGCGCCACUUUGCAUACCGGCCACUCUUCAGCUGGGAGGAGGCCAAAUCCCGCACUCUGAGCUGGGUCAACACGUUCCCCCUCAGAGCCAAGGCCUCAUAAUCCAGCAUAACCACACUCUGAGCUGGGCCAACACUUUCCCCCACACAAUAAAGGCCUCCCAACCCAGUCUAACCACACUCUGAGCUGGACCAACACUUUCCCCCACAGAGCCAAGGCCUCAUAAUCCAGCAUAACCACACUCUGAGCUGGGCCAACACUUUCCCCCACACAAUAAAGGCCUCCCAACCCAGUCUAACCACACUCUGAGCUGGGCCAACACUUUCCCCCACAGAAUAAAGGCCUCCCAACCCAGUCUAACCACACUCUGAGCUGGACCAACACUUUCCCCCACAGAGCCAAGGCCUCAUAAUCCAGCAUAACCACACUCUGAGCUGGGCCAACACUUUCCCCCACACAAUAAAGGCCUCCCAACCCAGAGAGAGAGAGAGAGAGAGAGAGUUGCUGUUUGUCAGAACAGAGAACUAGACUAAAUAGAUCUGAGUCAAAUUGCUUUUGCAUGGCACCCUAGAACCCCAGGGGCACCAAUACCACCAUCAGUGUUGCCAUGUCAGAGAAAUAUUUCCUUAUAUGCCCAGUGAUCUCUCAAGACCUAUUCACAAAGGUCAGAAACAAGAGAUUGGCAUCCUCCAGUGCUGCGCUUAGAGAAGAGAAAUACUAUAUGUAUUUUCUUUUUAAAUAUAAAACAUUCCUGCUAAUUCCAUAAAUAUAUUGGACCUUGUCAAAUGGCAUGCAUCAAUUACAGUAUGUUAACAGCAUGCUAUGCAAUGAUGUUGGAGAUUAUAUAUGAGAUGAGGACUUUUCAAUUUAAAUGCAAUUUAUAAUAUAUAUUUAGGAGAUGUGUGGAUAAUUUGCACAUUCUCUAUUGAUGGCAACCUAAAUUUGCUUGGUGGAUAACAUGGGCAUGAAAGCCGAGCAUAUGUGCAGUUUGGAGUUAAUUUAUCUUUUUAAUUCCAGUGCUGUGGAUUCAUGCAACAUGCAAUCAUCUUAACAUAAAACAAUUAUCCUUUACUUUACUAGUAAAAGUAAAAAAGGAAGAAAAGUGUAUUAUUUUGUAAGUAAAAUUACAUAUAUUUUUAAAUAUUUUUAAAUACUUUUAAUUUUUUUAAAACUGAAGAUGUGUAAAUGUCUUGGAGAAGGCAACCUGCUUAGCAAAUAAAUAAUAAAACUGAAUUAAUUUUAGUAACCA